AUGUCGAUAAAGCUCUUCUGCCUUGAAAACGGAAAGACUCCUGCCGUCCAGCACACCUUUCCAGUUAAUAUCAGUAGGGAAGAGACUGUUGGUGACCUCAAGGAUGCAAUAAAGGCAAAAAAGGCACCAUAUUUCAAUGACUUUCCUGCUGACCAUCUCAAACUAUGGCUUGCAAACAUCCCAGUUGAUCGUGAUGACCUUAUUCAAAACCAAACUUUACAGGACAACAACCAGUUACCAGCAACAAAUGAUAUCGAAGACCACUGGACUGAUACACCACUGAAAAAGCACAUCCAUAUAAUCGUUGAGGUUCCUAUUG